AUGCCUCGAAAGAACCAUAAAUUCUGGUCAGAAGUUCUGGCCCUGUCAGCAGAUGGAGCUACAGGUGCCCACCAGCGACUGGAACUGGUAUCCAAAAUACUUGGAUUUUUCAAUUCCUGCUAUGCCCGCUGUCUUCCCAUCCUGACUGUGCCACUUCUGGCCAAUGCAGCAACAGAUGAUUAUCAAACAGCACAAUUCCCGGUCUUAAUUUUGGAGCUGUUUUUUUGUGUGAUGUGGCACAAGGAGCACAUGAGGGGUUACAUCCUCCACUGGGAUUUGCUAAGAAGAGUCAUGCUCUUGAUCAAUUCCAAACACACAUUUCUGGCCUUGAGUGCUCUGCACUUCCUGAGGAAGAUCAUUGCCCUGAAACAUGAGCUUUAUACCCCUUCCAUCACCCAGGGAAACCUCUUGGCACCCCUUGUGCAGGCUCUGCUGGAUGAUGGAGCAACGUCCAACCUGCUCCACUGGGCUGUGCUGGAGCUCUUUGAAUUCCUCAGACUGGAAGAUUCUAAGUUCCUGGUUGCCCAUGUCAUCAAGAACUUCUGUCCUGUACUGGUGGACAUGCAGACAUUCCAGGGACUGAAGAGGAAAUACGAGAAAACAAGCACCGGCAAAAGCAGAGUGUGCACAGAGGGCAGCAGGAGCAGGUGGCUGGCACUGGCCUUGGCUUUCCUUCUGGAGGAAAACUUCCAGGAUGAGAGGAAAGCUGCCUCUGCCUUUCCUUGCGGCGCCCUGGAGUAG